CUCUCCUCCGCCUGAAGCUUGGACCAUGGCAGCUGUGGCCAGUUCGGGCGGGCGCUCCAAGGUGGCCCCCAGCGUGGAUUUCGACCACAGCUGUUCGGACAGCGUCGAGUACCUGACUCUGAACUUUGGGCCCUUCGAGACGGUGCAUCGGUGGCGCCGCCUCCCGCCCUGCGACGAGUUCGUAGGGGCCCGCCGCAGCAAACACACCGUGGUCGCCUACAGAGAUGCUAUCUACGUGUUCGGCGGGGAUAAUGGAAAAACAAUGUUGAAUGACCUUUUGAGAUUUGAUGUGAAGGACUGUUCUUGGUGCAGGGCUUUUACUACAGGGACCCCUCCGGCACCCAGGUAUCAUCAUUCGGCGGUAGUCUAUGGAAGCAGCAUGUUUGUAUUUGGUGGCUACACUGGAGACAUUUAUUCCAAUUCCAAUUUGAAGAACAAAAAUGAUCUUUUUGAAUAUAAACUUGCAACUGGUCAGUGGACUGAGUGGAAGAUUGAAGGAAGGCUGCCAGUUGCCCGUUCAGCCCAUGGUGCUACAGUCUAUAGUGAUAAACUGUGGAUCUUUGCAGGAUAUGAUGGGAAUGCACGGUUAAAUGAUAUGUGGACCAUUAGUUUACAAGACAGGGAGUUAACUUGCUGGGAAGAGAUUAAACAAAGUGGUGAGAUUCCUCCUUCAUGCUGCAAUUUUCCUGUAGCCGUUUGCAAAGAGAAGAUGUUUGUCUUUUCUGGCCAGAGUGGAGCAAAGAUCACCAAUAAUCUCUUUCAGUUUGAAUUCAAGGAAAAAAUUUGGACACGAAUUCCUACUGAGCACUUACUACGGGGCUCACCUCCUCCUCCACAGCGGAGAUACGGUCAUACAAUGGUUGCCUUUGAUCGCCAUCUUUAUGUGUUUGGUGGGGCUGCAGACAACACAUUACCUAAUGAACUUCACUGUUAUGAUGUGGACUCUCAGACGUGGGAAGUUAUCCAUCCCAGUCCAGAUAGUGAGUUGCCAACUGGAAGGCUCUUCCAUGCUGCAGCUGUCAUCUGUGAUGCGAUGUAUAUCUUUGGUGGGACAGUGGACAAUAACAUUAGAAGUGGAGAAAUGUAUAGAUUUCAGUUUUCCUGUUAUCCAAAAUGCACUUUACAUGAUGACUAUGGAAGACUGUGGGAAAACAGACAAUUCAGUGACCUGGAGUUUGUUCUUGGAGAGAAGGAAGAGAGGGUUCAAGGGCAUGCAGCCAUUGUCACAGCUCGCUGUAAGUGGCUCAGGAAGAAAAUUACACAGGCAAAAGAGAAGUUGAAGCAGAAACCUAAGCAAGAGAUUGAUGAAGAAGGACAAGAGUCACCCCAGAAAGAGAUGUUUGGCAGCAACAUUAAGCUGUGCCGUCUGCAACCACCACUGGAGGUGACCAUCCGGGAAGCUGAAGCCCAGCCCUUUGAGGUGCUCAUGCAGUUCUUGUAUACAGACAAAAUCAAAUAUCCACGUAAAGGACAUGUGCAAGACGUACUGCUUAUUAUGGAUGUAUAUAAACUGGCCCUUAAUUUCAAGCUCUCACGACUUGAACAGCUGUGCCUUCAGUACAUUGAGGCAUCAGUAGAUCUUCAGAAUGUGCUGGUUGUGUGUGAAAAUGCAAACAAACUUCAGCUGGAUCAACUAAAGGAACACUGCCUGAACUUUGUGGUGAAAGAAUCCCAUUUUAAUCAGGUAAUAAUGAUGAAAGAGUUUGAACAUCUUUCGUCAUCUUUGAUAGUAGAAAUUGUACGACGAAAGCAGCAGCCUCCUCUUCGAACACAUUCCGAUCAGCCUCUUGAUAUUGGAACCUCAUUGAUUCAGGAUAUGAAAGCUUAUCUAGAAGGUGCUGGGCUUGAGUUUUGUGAUAUAAUAUUACUCUUAGAUGGUCAGCCAAGAGCUGCUCAUAAAGCUAUUCUUGCAGCUCGCUCCAGUUACUUUGAAGCCAUGUUCCGUUCUUUUAUGCCAGAAGAUGGACAAGUUAAUAUUUCUAUAGGAGAGAUGGUUCCAAGCAAACAAGCAUUUGAGUCUAUGCUAAGAUAUAUUUAUUAUGGUGAAGUGAACAUGCCUCCUGAAGAUUCUCUCUAUCUCUUUGCUGCCCCUUAUUAUUAUGGGUUCUACAAUAACCGUCUGCAAGCAUAUUGUAAGCAGAACCUGGAAAUGAAUGUUACUGUGGAAAAUGUGCUCCAGAUUUUAGAGGCAGCUGACAAGACCCAGGCUUUGGAUAUGAAGAGGCAUUGCCUACAUAUCAUUGUUCACCAGUUCACCAAGGUCUCCAAGUUGCCAAAUCUUCGCUCCCUCAGUCAGCCUCUCCUUCUUGACAUCAUAGAAUCAUUAGCAAAUCACAUAUCAGACAAGCAAUGUGCAGAGCUUGGCUCAGAUAUCUAAGGAUUCCUGUAUUCUACAUACUGUUCUUCAAGAGGUUGCACUGUUUCUUACAUGUAUUAUCACAGUCUGUCUCGCUUGUUACCAUUCCACGUUGAUCUGAUGAGAAUGUCCCCAGAAGUCAAACGCAAGGCCUGUUUUAAAAAAUGCCAUGAAAACAUCAGAAUGUUCUGUGAAACCUUCUAUAGAUAGAUUUGAAACUGAAUUGGACGUCACAGAUGCAAAGAAGAGAGAUUACUGUUUCUACUUGCCUUUUAAUAUCAAGCAGGACAAUAUGUACAUAAUUCCUGAUGAGUAGUGGAAAUUUUGUUACUGAAAUUGUCUCCAAAUUUGUUCCACCAGGAGAUGUGAUAAACUUUCUUAUUUUUCUCAUCGGUACCUUUCUACUGCCUGACCUGAUCCCUGUUAACCAUGAGGCUGGGAGGUUGUGGGGAAGGUAUAGAAGGCUAGGAGAUAAUAUCAGUGGUGCUGGGGAAGGUUUUGGGUAAUGAUGAACACAGUGGAACAGCCAGUGCUGUGGUGUUCUCCCACUGUGUAAAAAGUCACUACAUAGGGCAUUUGUUAACAAGAUGUAUCCAGCAUAUAUUUGCUGACUGGUAACUGUUCUUCCUUUCUCACCAUCUAAGCAGAUGUCAUCAAAGACUAUCUUCAAAACACUAUUUAUCAUCCCUUUCGCUGUAUGUAUGUGUAAAAGAUUGAUUACAUGUCUUGAAAAGUAUAGUAGCAAAGAAAUAUAAAUUUAAGGAAUAUGAAAUAUCAAUAUGCAUUAUUCUUAGUAAACCUAUGCUGCUUCACCUUUGGAAUUAUGAAUGCAGAUGAAUGUCAGACAUUUCAUGUCAUUAGAAUGUAGUUUAUAACAUGACCCUACAAAUGGGUCCAAUAAAUGAUGUUUACUCUGUCAUAGUAAAAACUUUCUCCAUGUAUAGAUAACCAAGUUAAUUUCACCCAGAAGUUAAUUGAGCUGCACUCUUGCCAAAGCACAACGUUAGAAUCCAGUAGCACCUUAAAGACCUACACAAUUUUCCAGGGCAUAAGCUUCCAUGAGUCAAAACUUACUUCAUCAGAUAUGCUUUAACUCACAAAAAGUUAUACCUUGGAAAAUUUUCUUGGUCUUUAAGGUGCUAGUGGACUCAUACUUUGUACUAAUAUAGAUUAACACAGCUAUCCAUCUAAAAGUAUUUUUAAACAUGUCUGGACUUUUCAGUUAAGUAAAAGGAUGUAUUUGGGGGAUGAAUAAAAACUUCAGCCUAUGUUUUAGCAACAGUGGCAUGCCUACAUAAAUUAUAUUGCUGGGAGAGACUCCAACCUAAUCUAACUUUGGUUGCUUCCACACCAGGGUGAUUUUCUGGGGUAAUUGGGAGCUCAUGGAAUUCCCUGUUAAAUUGCCCUUGCAAUGGGAUUCCAAACAAUGGACAUUCUAUUUUAAGUGAUAGUUUCCUUUUCACACUUAAUAUUCAUUGAAAUCCGCCCCCCGCAUGUGUUCUCAUAUGACCCUCAGGAUUCUCUGCCCACCCUGUUUUACUUUUUUUUUAUGUUGAAAAGCAUAGGUAAUGCAGCACUACAUAGAAAUAACGCAGUAACUUAAAAAAGAAAAAACUACGUAUUUCCAGACACCUCCAGUGAUCCCCUUCCUGAACUGUGGGUGAUUCUCUUCUGUUUUUGAAAAAAAACCUACCAUGAAUAAUACUGAAUAUGGUAGAUGAAGGAGAAUUUAUUUUAGAGUUUACAAGGUUGUUCAGUUUGCCAAUCAACAACUUAAACAGGGCCAACUCAAAUGCAGCCUCCCAGCAUUACAAAGGCCAAGAGCCCACAAAGAAGCAAAUGAGCCUUCCUGUGGAGCCUGAAAAGGCAGUUCCAGCAGGAGGUUCAGCUUCUGUUGCUGCUAGUAAAAAGGACCCUUGUGGAAAUUCCAGUUUCAGAAGAGCCACUUUGAGAGACCUCCUCAUUUCACUUUGAACACCAACCUCAGAGUUAACAUAAAAGACAAACUUCCCCAGAAAUAAACAAUGGAGGCUGCUAAAACAUAGAUGUUUACCCGACAGGCACCCAAAGGUACAAAAUCAGGUUCCAAAUUCCUUAAAGUCCCUGUAUUAUUUGAAGCCAAGAGGAAGUUCGGUAAACACGGAGGAGCUAUAUUUCAUUGCGAACAGAAAGUUCCUUUCUCAGCUAAUGUUUUGAAUUAUGGGUGCUGCAGAGAUAAGGCUGUUUCGAAGCAGCAUAGGAAAAAAAUCCAGAUGACUAUAGUACUGCAAGAGGGGCACCGGUCUCACAGCUCCUGAUACCACAAGAAUGGCAAAUAGCCCCCUGUAAGAGAUUUUUUUUAUUGCUUUACAAGACUGAACUUCAACUAAUGAUCUCAAAGCUGAAACAGUUGAAUUUAAAAGGAAACCCAGCAUAUUUGAUCUCUUUUUCUUAGCCGUAAUUUUCUCUUCGUUUUUCUUUUCCAAAAUAGAAUUGUAAUUACCAAAAAUUUCCCAUAGGGCUUUUGUAGGGCUUCUGCUUGAUGUCUAAAUUCAGUCCAUGCAAUCUAUUUAAUACUUUCAGCCAAAACUCCUUUAAAAGCAAAAGCUGAAAAACAUACUCAGUUUUAUCAAGGUCCAAAUUUAAAAUACUGCUUUAAAAGGGGGAGCAAAAAUGCUAAAAAUUUCUUUAGGAGCAGCAACUUCAUCCUCAGGGACUUUUGUAAUUCCAAACCAACCAAUUUCAUUUCAUAAAGACACAUUCCAACACCCUUACUAGUGAUGUCUGCAGUCGUGCUGAUUUAUGCAGGGGAGCAUUGGACUGAGGGCUAGGUGGGUGUUUGGGAGCAGUUGGCCAGUGUACUCACAAACAUCCUCCCUUGAGGAACGGGCAGUUCUCAUAAAUUGAGUAAGAUUACUCAGUUAUACAGAACUUUAGAUAAGCCUUUCCAAUUCUGUUGGAAGUGAAUUGUACAUGGCUAUGUAAGAUUUUAAGCACAGCUUUUCUCUAGGAAUGCUCACAGAAAAAUUUAGACACAGACUGACAAAACGAACAGGGGAAGACACGCGCAAACAAGGACAGAAUUUCCCCCCCACUCCCCUUCUAAAGUUGUGCAUCCCAAAGGGAGCACAUCUCAAAGAGCAAGCCAGGACAACUUAGUCCUUCCUGUAUCAGCCUUUCAAAAACAAAUUGUGCAUUCCAGUUUAGAAGCACCAGGACAAAUGCCAGAUUGAAACUAGGAAACAAACAUUUCUUCUUUAUUUUCUUUUCAGUUUCAGGACCUCAGAGGGUCAAAUAAUUUUUAAACAGGUAUAAUUCUUAAAUAAUUCUUCCUUAAAACAAUUCUUUACCUAAUGCAAUAAACAACCAAAUUCUAAUCCCUAGGCGCAAAAAAUGCUGUUGCUUUCUUUAAAAAUCACAUGGGUCAUUAAAUUUUGAAGUGCUGCAUUUAUUACAUAUUCCUAUGGUGGAGAAGCCAGGUGUUUUAGGGGAAAGCCCCCAAAUUACUAUUUUGUGCACACAAUUCCUACCAAAGAAAUAGCAUCUCAAAACAACACUCUAUCCUUGCCUCAGACAGGGUCAUGGAACCAGUUCUGAAGGGGGACUUUUUUUAGAGCACUCUGUGUUUUAAUUCAACCCCCCCCCCCUUCAGCCAAUAACCUCACACAGAAUCAUGACACAAAGCAGUGAUCUUUAAAAGAAUAUGGGUUUAUUGUUUAUAGAAUAAGCCCAUGACACAUACCACUUUUUUCAGGGCUGAAAUGUGUAAGGACCAGUUACAUUGGAGAGCUUUAUAUACCCUUAGUGCUAGUUGUUUACCGAAUAAUUGCUAAUUGUUUACAGAAUAAAAGAUCAAAAGGUUAGUGUAAACACCUUGUCAAAAUGAUGCAAAAUGAUGCAUUUCCCAUAAUAUCUGACAAGCUUGAGUGACAAAUGAAUUAUACAAACAUUUGAGACAUGUUUCUGUUAUACUCCUGGGAAGGAAUGCAUUCAAGGUUAAAAUCUUUAGUAACCGAAACAAGAAAAUGUUUAUAUUUUGCUCAGUGACCCUUCUCGCCUACAAGAGACCUAUCUGACCUGCAGGAUAUCUCGGCAGGAAGAAUUGUGACACUAGAGCAAGGCUAUCUUAUGUGUCUGUGUGUUUCAGCUUGAAUAUAUGCUCACAAAAAAAUUUUAUGGAAAGGGGUCUAAAAAUCCUUUAACAGUAGACCCUAAGGACAGCCUUUUAAAAAGAAAAAACCUUUAUUUGCAGAGCCUCUGAGGAUCCCUACUCCUCUCUCUAAAAGAGUUGUUCUCUUCUGUUAUACUAAUGGUUGCCAGGGUCAGGCCCCUAGCAGUCAUCAGUGCACUGCUUCCCCUUUAGACACAAGAAACUCCUCAUGCCGAUUGUGCCCUGUACAGAAAAUACUGGUUUUUUACAGGUUUCAAGUCAGAUUUGUGUGUGUGGAUAGAACAAGCUGUUAAUGGUCUGUACACAAGUAUAAGACAACAUCAUGUGAAAACGCAGGGGGAGAGCUCCAGUCAUGUGGCUGAAAUGUGGGAAAUCCUUGGUGCAGAAGCAGCCUUUGUUAGAAUGGGAAUAUAGGAGGGAUAAAAAUAGACUAGAUUGGCACUAGAAAGAUAAAAGUAAUCAAACGUUUGCAUUUGGAACAAGGUUUGUACAGUUGUUGCAAUGUUGGUGCCACAGAAUAAGAGAAACAGUACAAUAUAAAUUAUUGGAUUACUUCUUCCGGUAAAGAAGUAUGGCAGUUUUUGAGUUGAUUUAAAUUUUUAUUUUCUUUUGACUCACUGUUUAACAUUUUUGCUCCAGUUAAAAGUCUCCUGAUAUGUUUUUGUACAGUUGUUUUCAGAAAUGAAAAGGAGGAUUGUAUAAAAAGGUUUAGAUACUUUGGAUAAGUUAUGAACAUCAAGAGAAUCUGUCAGAAUGUUUGAUGUUACAAGAGAUUGUUUCUUUAGCUAGUGCCUCAGUUGUCAUGGCUGUUGGAAAGACUGCUGUGAUUGGAGGAUCUCAAAUUAAUCUUCUCUGUUUGUAAGAAAUUGCAGCUAGUUGCUCUGCUUGGAAUAUUUUCGGUUCCUUUAAAUUGUCCUUACUUGAGAAAUGGUGAAAUGUCCCCCUGUGAAGAACUGAGUACCAGAAUUCGUGCUGUGUUAGUCUGAGGGUUAAAGACCAAAUGCUUCUUAAUAGAGUUUUAGUAUUUCUUGAAAUUCUUCCAGUAGGCAUAAUACUGUACUACUGUUUGAGGCUCUAAUCUGUUUACAUAUGUUGGAAGAAUAACUACAGAAGACGCACAAUUAUUGGUAGCCAUUAUUUAUGUAGUACAUAUAUUGAGAAUGAGUGCCUCAAAAUGAAUGAAGUGUAUCUUGAGCCGGUGUAGUCUGGUUUUCAGUCUGUCUAUUCAUUUUGGGAGAAGAGUGCAGAUCAACAGAGUUGGCUUGUGUGAUAAGUCUUUUAGUUUAUGUGAGAGGGGCAGAUUUAAAAAUGACAGAAAUAAAAUUAAUUUUAGGAGCAGUUACCCUGACUACUAGUGAAAGACACUGCCAGUGUUCACAUGGUUUGCCUACCAGAUUUAACAGUGGGUGCCUUGAUUGUUCAAAUGCAUGCCCAUACCUCUUUUAGGUCUACAGCUGGUCUCAGUUUUGCAGUUCAUUUUGAAAGUUACAGUUAAUUGCUAAAAAUGUUUUCUUUCAGAUGUUUCUUUUUGCUUGAAAAUGCAAUAAAUGUAGACCUCUGUGGCAAUAA